GGGUUAUGUUAUUGUACUAUUCACAUUAACCUAAGAAUAAUAACAAUAUUAAUAAAAACAAAUAGGGAUUUCCUAUAAUAAAAUUCAUCUUUCUUCUUUCCUUCAAAUCAAAAUUUCAAGUUUGAAAACAAGUCUGCCGUUUUGGCCUUCCACACCCCCAACGCCCAAAUUCUUCGUGCAAAAGCCACCGCCACCAUCACCACCACUACCACCACCGCCGCCGGAGUUCACCUGCAUUCGGGCACGCCCUUCUCUCCCCUCCUAAUUUCGAACCUUACCCAUUCCAAUUCCGCACCCGCCCACGCACUCUCUCUGUCUUGGGUUUCUAGGGUUACCGUUGGUUGGGUGCUGAUCCUGGUUCCUCAGAUGCUGCUGCUGCUACUCCUGCUCCAAUGAAGCGGGAACACCCCUCCGACUGCAGCAACUGCAGCGCCGAAGAACGCAUCCUCCUCUACAACGUCCGCCACCGUGGCCUUUCCCGCCGCCUUUGCGCUGCCUGCGUCCUCAAGCUCCACCCCGGCUCCUUCUGCCCCAUCUGCUUCACCGUCUACGGCGACCAUCCCCCCGCCGACCGCCGCGUCUGCCUCAAGUGCUCCAGCGUCGCCCACUCCUCCUGUGUCGGCGGCCCCGACGCUUCCGCCUCCUACGAAUGCCCCCCCUGCUCUAACCCUAGCUUCCUCUUCUUCCAACUCAACAAGAAGAUCAAACCCUCAUCCGACUCUGAAUCCGAUCCUAAGAGAGAGAUCGACUUGGACUCCGCCAAGGCUCUCCUGGCCGCCGCUCGCAUCGCCUCCGCCUCUAUGGCCAAAGCCGUCAAUGUUGCUAGGGUUGAGGCCGAGAGACGGGUCAGAGAAGCCGCCUUGGCCAAGAGGAGAGCCAGAGAAGCCUUAGAACGAGUCGCUUAUCUCGUCGCCAAGGACAAAGAAAAGAAUCCCGCCCCCAAAGUACACUCUAAGGUUGAUACCGCCAUUUCAGUGCAGAAGCGGAUUCAGAAUCAGCUUCCGCCCGAUGGGAUUGACAAGGACAGAAAUGGCGUCGCCGGUGAGCCCAAGGACAUACAAAAUCACAGCACUCAAGGGCACAAGGACUGAGUCAGUAAACCGGCCAUGGGUAGGGAGAGAAUUCAUUCAGCUGAUUGCUUCUGUGAAUUCGUGAGUUGUGGUACUUCUUUGUUAUCUUCUUUGAUAGAUGCUUAGGGAGUUAAGUAGAGAUGAUUCAGAUUUUAGAAUAGGCUGUCGUGUACCCAAGUUUUCAAUCAAAAUCCUUUCUAGGUGAUGCCCAUUUGUACUCUAUGAAGACUGUUUCUUCCUGAUUUUCCAUUGCCCGAAAUGGAUUUGCCAUUCACAUUUUUCUCCGUGUAGCACUUGCUUAUUUCUAUUAGUGUUUCAAUGAUCUACUUAUCGUUGAGUUC